AAGGCAUCAGUAUGCAAAAGGAUUGGGCAAUUCAGUGGUAUACGUAAAAACGGACAUAGCGAAACGGCGUAGGCCUAUUAACAUAGGCAUCUACUGCGGAGUGGUGGAGCGCAUUUUGCGGAAAUGAUUUACCUGGAGUUGUGAGCGGGACGAAGCAGCUGAGUUAUGGAGAGGCAUACAGAAGAAGCAUGUUUUAUGUUUUACGUUUAUGAAGAGAACUCCACAUAGAGAAACUAAACUCUGGGGCCAUCCAAAGUGAAAGGAACGCGUUUAUAUCAAGGUCUCGGGGAGUGAGUAGGGGGAACCUCAGGAUGUCUAUGCGGAGUCCGGUGGGGGACUUGGUCCCCCCGGACGUAGCGGAGAUCCUGGCCCGGGAAAGGCAGACCAACCGGGCCAAGAAGAAACGCGGGGGCUCAUUGGGCCGGGCCUUCAGCUGGUUCAAGAGCAAGAAGAAGAAGAAGGGCAGCAGCAGCAGCAACGGGCAGACCCGGGCGGGGCACGCGGGCGAGGGCUGGGUGGGCAAGCAGGGCCACCCGCUCGGCCAUGACGGCACUAAAGCUGUCCCUAAGCAGGGGGACGAGAGCAGGUUGGCGAUCUCCCAGCAGUACCCGGAAAACGUGUUCAUUGAAGGCAGCCGGCCGCGGUAUCUGGAGGACCUGCACACCGAGGCCCAGGAGGGGCUCAAAAUCCUGCAGCAGGAAGAAAACAAGAAUGGAGUGGACUUCCAGGAUGACCAGAGUAUCAGCUCAACUGUGACCCUUCAGGCGGAGGAUGAUGCCAGUUACCUGGAGAGUAAGGGAUCACUGGAGUCCGGCAACACCACCGGCGAUGCCAUGUCCCUGGUCUCCGCGGUCUCCACGCGGUCUACUCGUUCCACACGCUCCACGCGGUCAGGGCUGACACGGCAAGCUUCCACGUUCAGGCCUCUGAACCCUGUGAAAAAGCCAGAGAAGAUGAGGAGGAGGACCAAGAGGGCUACAGUCGUGGGAAUACCACUUCACGUCCAGAGAGAACUGGGUCUGGACAGAGCAGCAUGGUUGAAGCAGUCUACAGACGGGCAGCUCCCCAAUGGAGAGGGAGUGAUCGUACCCACCAUUGAUGGUGAUGUAUCGCCCGCUUCAGUCCCCGACGGAGCACGGGUUAACUUGGUGGCCCUGGAAGCCCUGCAGUCAUCCAGGGAGGAGCAGCUCCUGAACCAGCACGUCCGAGCGCUGUACCAGGAUGACCUGGCGGUCAGGCACGGCGCGGGCCCCCGGCUGUCGCCUAUGCAGAGGCCGAAGUCUUUGGCGGUGCCAGGGCUGACCACGGCCAGCCUUCUGCAGCGGCCCCCGAGCCCCGUCAUGUACAUCUCCCCCCAGGCCACCUACAUGUCCAAGAUCAUCCCCAAUGCCGUGCUGCCGGCCUCGGUGGACGUGAUCGAGAUCAGCCGCAGCCGGAGCAGGAGCAGCGUGCGUACGCUCAGCAAGAACAGCCUGGUGGCCCCCAGUCCCGCCCUCUCCCGCGCCUCCACAACCUCCAACUGGAGCAACUCCCAGUCCUCUGACACCAUUGUCUCAGACUCCUCCACCAUCUCCUCCAAGGGUGGGGCCGGCAAACGCGCCCUCCAGGCCCCCGACCAUACGGCGGGCAACGGCGGCGGGGAAGCACGGAGCGGGGCCAACCUGGACCAGGUGAGCAUCCACAGCUCCGUCAGCUGCAUGAGCUCUGUCACCUCUGUGAGUGCGGCUGCGAAUGGCAGAGCUGGCAUGGGUAGGAUGGCCGUGGCCAGGGCAGAGGAAGAUUCGGAAAGCCUGCACAAUGACAGCUCCUUUGUACGGAGCCUGUCUGUGAUGAAGACGAAGAGGCCCCCGGCGCCGCCCCGCCGGACACACUCGCUGCACCAGAACAAGCUUCAUCGCCGCUCCAGGGAGCCUCUGACUAUCAAGGACCUGGCUGCAGCUGGUGGCACUGGGAAGAUGCAGCUAUCCGUCUCAUCUAGCAGCACCGGCAGCCCCGCCUACUCUGCAGACUCCAGCUGUCUGGACGAAUCCCGUUCCUCCUCUGCAGCCAGCCCAUUCAGCCCACCACAGCCAGGUGCCACAGAGGCCAUACCCAAGGACCUCCCAGUGUCCACUGGCUCAUCCCCACAGAAAGUUCCCCUGCAAGGUAACGUUCUUGAGAGGACCAUGUCCCCCUCCAGUGGCUACUCCAGCCAAAGCGGCACACCCACGCUGCCCUCCAAGGAGAUCCAUUCGCCCUCCACGCCUGCCAAACCAGGGAAAACGAGCUCCCAACCUUCCACUGGUGCCUCAUCAUCACCAUCCCAGCCUGAGGCCCCCCCUCCUGUUGUCACAGCAACGAGCUCCAAGGUCACCUAUGUGCCUGCCCCCAUCAAGCUCAGGGAGCCACUUGAUAUCCCACCAUACCCGAAGGUAACGGCACCUUCCCCUCCACCGCCCGAAACAUGGAUGUAUAACCAACGCACCUUUGACUUGCUCUGUGGCCCCAAAGCCACCUCCAACAUUUUUGUCGCAGUCCAAAAGAAGAGACUUGAGCGACUGGGAGUGUUGCAAACAGAGGCCCCUCCGGAUGAGGAGCACCCCUCAGUGGCAGCAGGAGAAACUGCAGCUCCAGCCGAAUCAACAGAGAUACCUUCUCAAAGUGGAGAGAAACCCGCAAUGCCGCAGCAAGAUUCAGAGAGUGUCAGCGCAGCUCCAGCGGCCCAGAAGAAAGAACCACCCACAGUCUUGAAAAAGAUAAUUUCAAUACUGCAUAAAAAGGGGGCAGAGCAGGCACAGGAAAGUCCAGUGGUUCAGGCGGAAGGACAGUUGGGUCCUGUUGCUCCAAAGAAAGGCCAGGCGAGUCCGGCGGUCCAGAAAAAGGAACCGCCUCCAGUUAUGACGAAGAGUAGCCCAAUGUCUCAUAGAAAGGAGCCAGAAAAACCCCAGGCAAGUCCACUGGCACAGAAAGUGGAGGUGAAGAUCCAGACAGCACCAGAAAAAAAGACCCAGAGUCCAGUUUCAGAGGGCAAGACUGUCACACAACCAUCAAUGCAUACUCUUUCUGUGGAUGCUCCUAAAUUGCCUAAGAUUUCUCCACCCCCAUCCCCACCCCCUGCCCAUCACCCUCCCCCUCCUCCAGCAAAGCAGACACCCACCUCCUCAGUAUCCUCCCCUCCUCCCGACACCCCCGAAUCCUCCUGGCCCCCUCCCCCUCCACCUAUGGACCCAAUCCCAUUACCUGUCUUUGAGGUCCAGGAUGUGGUGGACUUUCCUCCACCUCCACCCCCUCUCUCACAGUGCCCUCCGCUGGACGGAGUGGGGACUGCACCUAUCAUUCUCCCUGUGAAGAAGCUUCCAGAUGAGACAACGUCUGCCAUGACUGCUGUGGCAAAACAACCCGAACCCCCUGCUACUCCUCCAUUGCCGCCAGCCCAGGAAGUAGGACCGCAUCCUUCAGAGCCAGUGCCUACUGCCACACCUGCCACAGUUAACGAACCGGCUAAGGUGACAACAUCCAUCUCAGUGGCCUCUGCAUCAGUGCAGCAGUGUCCUUCCUCAGCUCAGUCCAAUGAAAGUAAGUCCCAUGAAGUCCCUCCUCCCCCACAGGAAGCCCCGCCACCCCCACCAGUAUCUGUUGUGGUCCCGCCUGCUCCCCUCUUGCCUGUACAGAAACAGGCUCAGCCAAACUUCAAAAGGCAGGAGACCCAGAACAAAGAGCUGCAGGCACCCACACCGAAGGAGGGUGCCAGUAUUCCCUUAGUCACACCCUCCCUCCUUCAGAUGGUUCGCUUGCGGUCGGUCAAUGUUGGUGACAACUGUGCUGCGGAGGAUGCCAAGACCAGCGACAAACCUGGGCAGGAAUUGGGGAAUAAACCCAUUCAGGACCUGGGAGACAAACCCAGACAGGAUCUGGGGAACAAAUCCACCCAGAACCAAAGCCAAAAUCAGGUUGCCAGUCAAAGUGCACCCCAGAAGUCCCUCUGCCAGUCCACAUCCGUGACAUCUACCCCUCCUACCGUGAAGUCCCCUCCUGCGACCGUCACCUCACCCUCUAUGAGACUUCAGGAGGCCAUUCGCAUGAAGACAGCAGCCAUGUCCUCCCGCGAUGGGCUUCCAGCUCGGCUGAGCACACGUUCAUCUGUCUCCUUGCCGUCCCCUACUUCACCGGAUGACCCUCACAAGUCCGCGGCAUCCACUGCCAGCUUCAUCUUCUCAAAAAGCACAAAAAAGGUUGUUAUAGAGACACCGGCAUCCCCUGAUGCCCAGUCCGACCUCAAGAAAAACCUGGUGGCAGAGCUUAUGCAAGUGUCUGAUCCGGCAAAAUCCGCCAGCACACAGAAGAAGCCAGUCAAGGUGCCACCACCAGUGGCCAAGAAACCCUCACAGCAUGUACCAAAUGAUCUAGACAAGCCUGAGACUCCCACGGCAGCGCCAGAACUAAAACAGAACAGUGUACUUCCCACAGGGACUGGAACCAGUGGGGAUACUACGUCUGCAGAGGAAACACCUGGAGACCAAACUCAACCAAAGGAGCCAAAGGAGGACCACAGCUCAGCAGGUAGCCCUGAGAGUGUGAAUGCAGGCCUAGUGUCGUCAUUGCCCACAUCGUGAUCAAAGAAUGGACCAAUCAGAAAUUCAGGACCAGCCUCAAAACAGUUGGGAGGUAGUUGAGUGGUGUGAGAGAGAACAAGAUGUAAAGAUGGACACACUGAAGAAAAGAUAACUGGAACUGCUUAAAGGGAGAAAGAAGUCUUUUGAGAAGACACUUUAGCCCCAUAACAGCCUUUGUAUUUAUGUAAGAAAGGUGUUGGUCUUUAAUUUCUUUAAUUAUAGCUUUAUUUUGGAGUAUUUUUCCAAACUCUGACUAAACUGAAAGACUGUCUACUCUGGCUCAAGUGAAACAGUAUGCCCUGGGAAUGAGUGGACAAAGCUAUUUGUUUCAAAUGAUUUUGUUGAAUUCACGGUCACAGUUUGACUACAAGGUAACGAGGUUGAGCACAAGUGGUUUAGAUGGGGAAGGACAACUGCUACUAGGUUCAAAGGUGGUUGCCUAAAAAAGUUUGCGUUAAACCUGUAUGUAUAAGACCUGAAAACUGUAUUUUUAUAUAUAUAUAUAUUUGAAAUAUCACUGAAAACAUGCACUAUUCCUCUCUUGAGUGU